ACAUCUCUGCCCGACACUCCAGCAAACAUCCAGCAGACAUUUUAAUUCCUCCAAGGGACAUUAUGCUUUCAGCAUAAUGGCAGCUAAAGUUGCAAUUCAGAAGUUCUCCUUCCCCUUCUCCUGUGCUGCACGCCUUUCUCAGCAAGAUGACGUGACCCAAAAGGGAUGUGUACAGGCGAAGGCUCAGGAGCUUCAUAACCUUCAGGAGAAUCCAGUCUUAACCCAACCAAGCUCUGUUGCAGUUAUAGGAGCUCUGGUGCAUGAUGAGAACGAAGCUCAGGAGAGUCCAAAACCACCUUCUGGGGGAGACAUGGCAGUUGCAGAGGUCCUGGUCUGUGCCGCAGCUUCACAGAGUGCUGUGCUCUCUAGGCAGAGUGUUUUUGAGAAACUGACGGUUGAAAGUGAAGAUCAGCGGCCUGCAGCAAAGAGACAGCUGUCGUCCGAGAGCGCAGCCAGGACCAUCACCGUGGUGAAAAAGAGUGCAGUGACGAAGGAGGCCGAGGAACAGAGGCACCUGAAACCAAAAGUGCACUUGGGACAGAGGGUGUCACCAUGCCCUAUGGCAGUAGGGAAGAGGAGGCGUCGAAAGGACCUCUUCACCAACUCUGAGGUCUUCCACAGGGUUGAUUCACAUGUCAUCAGGGCAGGAGCAGAGCUGAAGGAAAAGUGUGUGUAUGAUGUGAAGACGAUAGUACAGAGCAUCACACGAGGAGCCAGAAAUGAGCUGGAGAGGCUUCGUGCCAUCUGGGUCUGGCUGUGCCACAACAUCGAAUAUGAUGUAAGUGGGUACCUUGGCCACUCAGAGAAGCUGAGCUCACCAGAGGAGGUGAUAGCAGCCGGUCGGGGUGUGUGCUGUGGCUACUCCAACCUCUGUACAGAGAUGUGCAGAGAGGUGGGCAUCGAGUGCCAAGAAGUUCCGGGGCACAGUAAGGGCAUCGGGUACCGUCAGGGCCACAGCCUUAAGAAUGUGAAAUCUGAUCACUUGUGGAACGCUGUGCUUCUGGGAGGACAGUGGUUCCUAUUGGAUGCCUGUUGGGGAGCAGGACGAGUAGAUAUGGAACAUGAAAGCUUCGUCAGAAGGUUUGAUGAUUUCUAUUUCCUAACGGACCCGGAGGAGUUCAUAGAUUCACACUUCCCCGAUGAGGAGAAAUGGCAGCUCCUGGACUUACCCAUCACCCUCGAGGACUUUGAGAGGAGGGUUUUCAAGACCUCAGCCUUCUUCACCAUGGGGCUCAGGCUGAUUCAGCCUCAUCACUCUCACAUCGUCACAGAUGAUGGCGAGGCAAACGUGUCCCUCGGCUUCUCCAGGCCAGCAACCUUUACCUAUGAGAUCACACAGCACCAGGACCUUCUCCAUUGUGGAGCUUCUGAGCAGAAGGAGUCCAGCAACUCCUCCUACGGCCUCCUGACGGUGUCCCAUCGCAGCAUGAAGCUGCAGCUCCUGCCACCUGCAAGUGGUGUAUAUGACGUGAAGGUGUUUGCCAGACCAGAAACUGCCACCACGCCCCUGAUUUGGGUAUGCUCCUUCACAGUCGAGUGUCCGACUCCCAGGGCCAUGGAGGAGAUCCCAGACAAUCCCUUCUUGUCUUGGGGCCUGCAGCCUGUCGCUGGAUCCCUUGGUGUCGCAGGCAGCAUCCAGGGCAGCGAGGUUGCUGAGGUGGAAGAAGGUGUCUUUGAAUUGUCAUUAAAGACAUCCAGGCCUCUGAUGGUCCUUUGUGAACUGGUCCACCCAGGGAUGGAAGCUGCUGUAGCCAAGCGCUGUCUUGCUACUCAAAUUAAAAAGGAUGUCCUGACCUGCCAUGUCCUGUGCCCCAUGCGUGGCUUUUACCGGCUGUCAGUGUUUGUACGGGACUAUGAGAAAACAGAGGUCAAGUUCCAGAAUGCUGCAAACUUCCUGUUACACUGCAAAGGGAAGGUGGUCAGUCUGAAUGAGCUCUUCCCUCCUAACCUGGGCUCAGCAUGCGGGCCAGGGACGCGCACAUCAGAGGCAGGACUGACCAAAUUCAGCCAUACGACAGCGGUGGUGAGUACCCAGCAAGGCAAGUGUAACAUCACCUUCCACAACCAUCAGGACCUUGAGCUUCACACUGUGCUAAGCAGAGAAGAGAGCAAAACAGCAGCCAUACCACUUUCACGCCACCUCUUCUGCACAUACACAGACAGCAAGGUGACUGUGAGCGUCAGCCUACCUGAUCCUGGGGUGUAUCGCCUGGGCCUGUAUGCUAGGCUCACCCCUGGUGGAGAUUUCAACCCCAUGUGUGACUUUGUUCUGAGGAACAGCUGUGAUCAGCCAGGGCCUCCGUUCCCUUGUGUCUACUCAGCCUGGAGGAAGGGUUGUGUGCUCUUUGAGCCUCGCGUGGGCCUGCUAGAGCCCCUCUCGUGGGUCCGCUUCAGGGUGAGGAUCCCUGGAGCCCAAAGGGUGAGCGUGGUGGGAGAGACGCGAACUGAUCUGAAACUAAAUAAGAGCAGAGUCUGGGAGGGCGAAGUUUUCAGUGGAAAUGGUCUCGAACAACUGAAACUGGCCGCUGCCUCGGGGGAUUCCAGUGACAUGGCUGUUUUGAUGACCUUUGACAUCAACCAGUUGGAGAGAGAGAAGUGUGAAAUCAAAAGACAAACACCAGAUGGGCAGCUGUUAACAGCCUGAUGAAGUUAUUGAUAUGGACUGAUGCAAAUCAGACUGGGGUUGAAAAUAUUUGCAAAUACUUCAAACUGUAAGGCAUAAUCUUUCAGGUUAAACUAUAUCAACACAACACAGAUGGAGCCAGGCUAUUGCCAGUCACAGUAAGGUGUAUAAAAUUAAAUUUGAAAUAUGAUGCUGUGAAUGUAUAAACUCGUAAUGAAGUGAUAAAAAUGCAAUACCAAACUGACCUGACAAUUUUAGGAAGGGCUUUUAUCCAGAUAGUAUUCAGUACAAAAACCUUUUAAAAUUGACAAUGGUGGUCAGAUA